UUUUCGCGCAACGGACUGUUAGAGCCGCAGUGUUGCCUUUGUAGACAAAUCCAGUGAAAGGAAAGAGUGUCUUUUUGUGAUUAUUUACGCUCUGGAAAGAGAUAGCAAGAAAUUCUACAAUUACGAUGGCUAAUGGUUUGAAAGAAAUGGUGGUUGAAUUACUCUCCAUAAAAGACGGAGCCUUUGAAGAAAUAAGGGCUUUAUGGAUAGAAUCUGUAGAUACCACUGGAGUAGAAACAGUGGGGGAGCUUUUUGAAAAAUUUGAAAAGGAGAAAGGCCGCAUGUUGUCCGCAGAGGAUGUUAAAGAACUUUUAUGGAAUUUGUCAUAUGUUGACAUUAAGGAAAAGGUGUUUGCCGAUGAUGCCCCUUGGAGGCCACAGAACAGUUCCAGCAGGAUAUGGAUAUCUACUUCCCUGGGGAGUGCUCCUGAUGGUGCUCCAACAACUGGGGGCCCAGGAGCUUUGAUGGUCACAGGGCAAACAGCAGUUACUGUUUCAAACUUGGUUACCUCAUCUCAUGAUUUUGCCAGACAGCAGAGAAUACCCGGAUUGAGUAGAACAUUGCAUGGGCGAAAUUGUUAUCUACAAGAGAAACUAAAGACUGCGAGAAAAGAAAUUAAAGCCCUUGGCGCCAUGCUCAGGACUGGGGAGGAGAGUUUAGAGACUUCGAGAAAAGAGAUUAAAGCCCUUGAGGAGAGUUUAGAGAGAGAAAUGAAAUUGAGUAGAACAUUGCAUGGCGAAAAUCGUUAUCUACAAGAGAAACUAAAGGUUACAUUACAGGAAAAGGAGGAGAUAUUAGGGCAAAAAAAUGUGGAAAUCAGGAGCCCGGAACAAAGAAUGUCAGUAGCAUCCAGGGCCGGGUACCACAGAACAAGCUUCAAAUAUGUGGCAACUUCUGGGCCUGCUAAUUUGGAGAUUAAUAGUAGUAGUGCUCUAACACCAAUUGAAGAGUUCAAUCUUGUGGUGACAGAAGGAAGAGCAAUGAAGGCACCAGUCAUGAAUCAAUCCACAGCCUCUCAAUGGCAAACAAGUACCCAUGAUGUUUCAGAGGUGCAGAAAUUAAGAGAAGAAAAUGCAGACCUCAUAACCCAGCUCAGGAGUCAAGAGAGGAGUUCAGAAGUUAAUUGUGAGGAAAUAAAAAACUUGAACCAAAAGCUAUCAGAGGCAGGCAUCAGGUGCCACAAAACAGAGAAAGAAUUACGUCACAAAGACGACAUGAUAAAACAGCUAAGUGCUGAGCGCCAACAGCUUUGUGAAAAUAGGAAGCAAGAUCUUGAAAAUUUCGAGCAGCAAAUACAACAAAAAACUGCAGAAUGUCAAGCAGAGUGCGAAAGCCUAUUGUGGCAACUGAACAAUUUUCAUCUGACCCAAAGAACAGCUAGAGAGGCAAUACUAUUUAACCAAGUUCAACAGGCUAUAGCAGAGCGUGAGAGGCAGUUUGAAGAAAGACAUCAGCAGAUAGAGAGAGUAGCCAGAGAGAACUGUGCCCUCCACCAACAGCCAGAGGAACGUAGCUGGAUUGUUCCACGCCAUGAAGUUGUAGUCUACCGAGAACAGGAGCCUCUAGGGCGGAAUUCCUGGGGAAUAGUUUACAGAGGAAAGUUCGGCGGCUGCCCUGUUGCUGUAAAGGAACUUCACGGCGCCAUCGACUCACCUCAUUCUCGUAGGCUCUUUUACCGAGAGAUGGAAAUGCUUUCUCGGGCUAGGAACAAGAAUAUUCUGCAAUUUAUAGCUGGAGUAUUUGAUGAUGGAUUACCAUGGAUAGUCACAGAAGUUGCCAACGGUGGUAGUCUGGCAAUGAUUCUAGAAAAUCGCGCAUUGCAGCCUUCUGAAUUAUUCUCUAUUGCUUCUGAUGUAGCGCAAGGCAUCCUCUCUUUACAUCGUCACCCGGUACCAAUGACUCAUGGAGAUAUUAAACCCGGAAACGUGUUCAUUUUCCAAAUAGGGGAGCCCCCAGGAAUACUUGCCAAGCUUGGCGACAUGGGUAACGCAAAUUUUGUAUCUGGUGUCGAGGCGCCCGACCUAGUGUCGCCUGUGUACUUGGCUCCCGAAACACAAACACAACAGUUCACAACAAAAGCGGAUGUAUAUAGUUUCGGGCUUGUGUUGAUGGAGAUGAACAUCAGAAAACCACCUGUUCCUGGAGAAAUUCAACGUCAAGUGGAACAAGUUACCAAUACGUUCAUGCGACAACUGAUAAGAAGGUGCACCGCAACAAACCCAGAUGACCGACCGGACAUGGAAAGAGUGGCUAACGAGCUGGAGCAGUGUGAACUAAAUGACAGCAGUCACGGGUUUAACUAGAGCAAGAACACAUUUUAGAAACCCAGUGAAAAGUAUGUCGCGAUCUCAAGAAAUCCACUGAUUAGACACUGAUAAUGUCUCAGAUGAUUUACAUAUAAUGUGCGCAGAUAUUUUACAAGUCGCGUAGUAUUUUUCUGAGCCCGUAAGAGCGAAGAAAAUACGAGCAGAGCAGAAUACAUGCUCGUAUUACAUGACAAACCAUCGAAUAAGGGAUUUAUUUUUCCAAUAUUAUUUUAUUUAAAUUUUUCAGUCUGUUGGCUCCUAGUUUGCUAAACUUCGUAUUGUCUUAGGUGAGCAUCAUUUAAGUGUUCAAGUGCCAAAAAAAUCUAGUGGGUGUCCAAGUUCUUUGCUGAAAAAAGUCAUAUCUAAAAUUUGGAAAAACUAAACUAAGAAAUACAUUAUUACGGUAAGAUUAGCACUUAGAACAUGAAUAUUAUGAUAAAGAAUUUAUUAAGGUCAGCUUUUGACUUUUCCUAUUUUCUUAGGAAAUUACAAAUUGCAGGGUUAAACUACAUAAGUAAUAAGUUCUUACUAAAACAAUUAGUGAUAAAAACGAGCGAUAAAAAAUAUGAAGGACGUUUCGACCGCUCCACGGUCA